AUGGAGAUGAAGCGGUGCUGGGUCCUCGCUGCGCUUCUGCUGCCCGCCGCCCUGGCCUUCCCUAUUCAGGACAACUAUGAAAACAGCACAACAACAACAGAGCCUACUGAGGUUACUACGCAGGAGAAUAUAUAUGAAUCUCCUUCACCUACAGAGACUGAUGAGGAGGACGAAGAUAUUUUUAACAAAAUUCUGAAAGUUAACAAAGAUAGCUCCCAGCUCCUGCAGGAAGGUGACAUAGUUCCAAGGAGGAGUCGCAGUGCCAUCAACUGUCGCCAUUGCAACUGGCCCCAGUCCAGUGAUGGGAUUGUUCGUAUUCCCUACGAACUGGAUCCUGCUUACGAGGAGAGCCAUGUAAAAGGGAUUCGUGAUGCCAUGGCAGAAUUUGAAGCACUGACUUGCAUUAAUUUUGUGGAGCGCAAGGCAGAACGUGACUACCUCAGUAUUAGAUCUGCCGAUGGCUGCUGGUCGAACUAUGGGAGAGUAGGAGGUGGACAGACUGUCUCUGUGAUGAAAGGAGGCUGCAUGUGGAAAGGAGUAAUUCAGCAUGAACUGGAGCAUGCUCUGGGCUUUUUGCAUGAGCACUCUCGAAGUGACAGAGAUAAACAUGUAAAGAUCAUGUGGGAGUACAUCAGUCCUCCUGACAGACCAGACUUCAAGAAAUUUGAAAACUCCAAUAACCUGGAUCUUCCGUAUGACUAUUCCUCAGUAAUGCACUAUGGCCCAUACACAUUCAGCAAUACCACUGGGAAAGCAACUAUUGUACCAAUUCCUGAUAGAUCAGUACAUAUUGGACAGAGACAAGGGAUGAGCAACUUGGAUGUGGCCAAAAUCAACAAACUUUACAACUGCAGUCGCUGCAGCACUAUUCUUGAUGGACCUUCUGGGUCACUGAGAUCAGCCAACUACCCAAGGAAUUACUCAGAUAACACCAACUGUGUCUGGCUCAUCCGAACCCGAUCCAGAAAGGUUUCCCUGUACUUUCAAGCCUUUAAUCUGCAAAUAACUAAAGGUUGUCAGGGUGAUUAUGUUAAAGUUUAUGAUGGAUCCAGCAAGUCUUCUCCAGUUCUAAUGGACAAGACCUGUGGAUCAAAGAUCCCCAAAGGCAUAGUUGCUUCCAGUAAUCUUAUGCUCGUAGAGUUCAUCACAGAUGGUGCCCAGACAGCUUCUGGUUUCCAAGCCACGUUUACUGCUGUGAGGACCCAAAGAAGAUCUAGCAUCCACAACUGA